AUGGAGGGGGCUGGACGUAGCGCUUGCUCGCAAAGGCCUGCCCACAUAUUUGCAGUCCGUCUUCCGGUCCUACAUGAGCGACCGCAAAAUGAUGGUGCCGGGGGGAUCGGUCAGGCCGGUCACCGCCGGGGUCCCACAGGGCUCGGUGCUCGGGCCGACGAUGUGGAACAUUUUCUACGACCCGCUCAUGACAAUUCCAGUCCCCGCUGGCGUUCGUCUUAUCGCCUUCGCGGACGAUGUCGCAAUCGUCGGCUCAGCCAGAACGGGGAGCUGCUUGAGCAGGCGCUCAAUCCAGCGCUCGAGGCAGUUUCGGCCUGGAUGGUGACAAACGGCCUUUCCUUGGCGGUCCACAAGACGGAAGCUGCGGUCCUCACGAGGAAGUGGUCGUACUCGCUCCCGCGACUGAUAAUCGGCGGGACGAACGUCAGGAUCUCGGAAGAGAUUAAGUACCUGGGGGUGGUGCUUGACCGGCGGCUCACUUUUAAUAGCCAUAUCGCACGUGCGGCCGGGGCGGCCAUCAGGACAGCCAACGCCAUCGGGCGAAUUAUGCCGAAUGUGGACGGUCCGAGCGCCGCCAAGCGCAGGCUCCUAGGGUCGGUGGUGUGCAGCAAGCUGCUGUACGCUGCCCCGGUGUGGUCCGGGCACUCGCUCGACUCUGAGCGCAACAGGACCCGCCUGAACGCCCCACUGCGGAGAACAGCGAUCAGGAUCGUACGUGCCUACCGAACGGUAUCGGACGAAGCAGCGCUGGCCCUGGCAGGCGUCCCGCCAGCGGACCUCCAGGCGCGGGAGAGAGCUAGGGUCCGAUCCAUCGUCUGGGAGCCAGGGGCUACAGCGGCUGAUCGCAGAUCGAGGACGGCGGAGAGGAUUAGAACGCUGGAAGAGUGGGCAAGGAGGUGGACCCUGACUACGAAGGCGGAAUGGACGAGGAGGGUCAUCCCGGACCUGUCGAGGUGGCUCGGGAGGACAGUCAACUUCCAGCUGUCCUUCCACGGCUCACAGGCCAUGACUGGGCACGGAUGUUUCAAAUCUUUCCUCCACAAGAUGGGGAGGGCCGCGGACCCCUGGUGUGAGGAGUGUCAGCAAGCAGAGGACACGGUGGAGCACACCCUUCUUGACUGUCCUUACUGGAGCGAGGAGAGGUCAGUACUGGUAGCGGCAGUGGGAGACAGGCACCUGGAGGUAGGAGACCUGACGCAAAUGGUGUGCGGCCCGGCCUUGGUAGACCUACCGGAGGACAGCACGAGGAGGGCCAAGCUGCUCAAGGAAGCCCAGAAGCAAUCCGACCACUUCAGGGACUUCGUGGAGAAGGUGCUGGGGCAUAAGGAAGAGCUGGAGCGUGCCAGGCAGCGGCGCUGA